GCGCUCCCGAGACCGGUUUCACCGGAGGAGGUUACUAUAGCAACACGCUGCUGAAGCGACUUUCCUUGAGAAAAGCCUAUCAUUCGGUAAAUCCAGAUAGCCUGUUGUAAUUAUCUAGUUUUAAAUAUAACAAACAUCUAAACUAACCGUUCGCUAAAUGUGCGAGGGGUUCAAGACGAACCCGUACAGAGUGAGCACACCGCUCGUGAAUAUUUAAUCCGUGACACGAUGUCGCUCCUCGGGGCGCUUUAAUAGAGUUGGGACACCCAGCCCUUCCCUGAAGAUCUGUGCAUAAAAUGAGCAAAACACGCUACUCGUAAGCCUAGUGCGAGCGACAGCUGCGCGUGUGGAUGCGGAGAUCUCCGUCGCGCUGCGAUGCGGUAACCGGUGCGGCGGCGCGUGCCCUGUGUGUGAUCCGAGCCGAGAACAGGACAGUGAGCUGAUGGAGCUGGGGUUGAGAGAACCGGUGGAACAGACGCGGGGAUUAUCCUUCUAGCCGGAGGGGCAGAGGUUUAAUACUUCCCGGAUUAAGUCUGUCGUGAUCGGCACGCGCUUCAGUGCAGCAGCGCCGGUGACUGCGGCGGGACUCCGACAGGUGAACGAGGAUAUAGAUCUAGACCUAGCCGCUUCUUAUUUAACCCAAUCCAUAAAUCCUCAAAGUGGUCUUUGCUGAUGAAGUAGCUAGUUUACCUGUAUUUUGGGAGGCAGGAUGCAGUUCUUCUACCUCUGACUGACUCUCGAGGACAGAUCUGCCCCGUGUUCACCGAGGACUGUUUCAUAUGGGCGAAGCGAGGAGGCGCUCCCCUUGGUGUAGGACACGGGCUCGCUGUCAAGAUAACGGGGGGUCCGAUCCAGAGCGGGAGAAGCGAUGGGCCGAGCUGUUCGAUCAGCUGGAUCUAAAUAAAGACGGGAGGAUCGAUGUGACCGAGCUGCGCACCGGACUGACCGCCUGGGGGGUCGUGCGCACCGAGGUGGACGAGAUUGUACGUGUGAGUGACACCAAUCAUGACGGCCAGCUGGACUUUGAGGAGUUCACACAGUAUCUGCGCACGCACGAGAAAGAGCUCAGACUCAUGUUCCGCAGCCUGGACCGCAACAACGACGGUCACAUAGAUGUUGGAGAAAUUCAGCUCUCCUUGCGCAGCCUUGGAGUGAAUGUAUCCACAGAGCAAGCCUCCAGAAUCCUGCAGAGCAUAGACAGAGAUGGCACGAUGACCAUUGACUGGAACGAGUGGCGGGACCACUUCCUGUUUAACCCCUUGCACAACAUGGAGGACAUCGCGCACUACUGGAAACACUCUCUGAUGUUGGACAUCGGGGAGCAGCUGACGGUGCCGGAUGAGUUCUCAGAGAAAGAGCGGCGUUCAGGUGUGGUGUGGAGACAGCUCGUGGCCGGGGCGAUGGCAGGAGCCGUAUCACGAACGGGAACUGCUCCUCUCGACCGUCUUAAAGUUAUCCUUCAGGUCCAUGGCUCCAGUGGUAUGGGUUUGUUUGGUGGCUUGCGGGGAAUGGUGCAGGAAGGAGGACUGAGGUCUCUUUGGAGAGGCAACGGCAUCAAUGUCCUCAAGAUUGCACCGGAGUCAGCUAUCAAAUUCAUGGCUUAUGAGCAGAUCAAAUGGCUGAUCAGAGGCAGUAAGGACGGUGGCUCUCUCAGAGUUCAGGAACGCUUCAUUGCCGGAUCACUGGCAGGAGCUACAGCUCAGACUAUCAUCUACCCCAUGGAGGUGUUGAAGACGCGUCUGACGCUGCGGAAGACAGGACAAUAUUCUGGCUUGGCAGACUGUGCCAAACAGAUACUGCGUAAAGAAGGAGUGCGCACGUUCUACAAAGGCUAUGUGCCCAACACACUUGGCAUCAUCCCGUAUGCUGGCAUUGAUCUGGCUGUGUAUGAGACUCUUAAGAACGCCUGGCUCCAGCGGUACUGCAUGGGCUCGGCUGAUCCUGGCGUCCUGGUGCUUCUUGGAUGUGGCACAGUGUCCAGCACAUGUGGGCAGCUGGCUAGUUACCCGCUGGCUUUGAUCCGCACACGCAUGCAGGCUCAGGCCUCAGCAGAUGGCACUCCUCAGCUGUCAAUGGUUGGCCAGUUCAAGCACAUCGUGUCCCAUGAAGGCGUUCCUGGACUUUACCGUGGCAUUGCCCCCAAUUUCCUCAAAGUCAUUCCUGCUGUUAGCAUAUCUUACGUGGUUUAUGAGCAUAUGAAGAAAGCACUGGGAGUGGGAUCUUAAACUAAGACAGAAUCAGAGUGAAAAAGCAAGAAAGAACCUGUAUUAAAAAGAGGACGAUGAAACUUCUGAACCUCGUAAAAAGAGUCUUAGGGAGGCACAGAGGACCCCUAGAGAACAGAAUAAAGAAGACAUAGUCAAUGAAUGACCUAAAAACCUCUACAUUGUACGCAAUCACAUUCCCAUGGCAAUUUAUUCUUUAAUAGGAUGGAAAGAUCGUUUUGGGCCGAGGUUGUGUUCUGGCAGCUUGGAGAUCUCCGGUUUACUGCAUUACAUCUAUUUACCCCCUUA